AUGUCUGAGAAAUUGAACGCCAAAAUCGAAAAGCGGUUUUCCUCAGUUUUGGCAGGCUCGUCGCGCAAAAAACUCAAGGUGGAGCAUAAUGGUGCUGACAGCCUCCCCUGGACCACCGUUUCUCGUCCGGUGGAAACUGGAUUGGACGGCGACGAUGAAAUUUUGGAGUUGGAAGAAGUAGAGGGUGUCGAGAUUACCUACGAAGAGACUGAAAUAGGAAGGGUUGCUAGAUUCAAUUUUAUCGGCGUCGAUGAGGCCAGACGGGAAGAAGAGAAAGCUGAAUCCUCCGAGGAGCCUGCCACAGGCGAGGGUGAAGUUAAUGUAGUCGUUGAAGAAGAACACUCAGAAAAAUUACUGCCACAUAUGUGGCAUCCUUAUAAUCUUCAUCCCAACUCACCAGAUCGAGACGUCGUUGGAGUUGCUCAAACAGGAUCUGGUAAAACACUGGCCUAUGGUCUUCCUAUCCUUCACAAGCUGCUAUCGGCAGAACCACAAAGAUCUUCGUCCAAGCACCGUCCAGUACAAGCACUCGUUCUAGCUUCGACUCGUGAACUUGCACUUCAAGUUUCGACUCAUUUGAACGCGUGUCUCAGCACUUACAAGGAUCCCAUCGAGAUUAAACACGUCAACAAUAAACACGAUGGAAGAUCAAAAGAGCAAAGGAAAGGAAUAGAACAAGAAGACCUGAAGUCUACCGCCAAGAAACCGCCACCCACUAAGAAGCGCGUUAUGAACCUGAUCCCUACGCCGCACCCCCAUGACGCUCCCCAGAACGAGACCCCGGCCAAAAAGCUGAAGCGUCUGAGGUUUCUCGUUUGGGACGAAGCCGACCGCAUGAUUGAAGCAGGUCAUUUUGCGGAGUUGGACAACAUCCUUCGACUUACUUUACGGGAAUCCCUGGAAGAUCGAAUACCGGACGAUGUUCUAUCCGUACAUGGUGAGCCAGGGUUCGACGUCCAGGACGACAAAGAGAAAGUUGCCCGAGACCAGAUGCAGACAUUCGUGUUCUCCGCCUCGCUCAGUAAGGACCUACAACACAAUGUCAAGAGGAGAGCGAAACCGCAAAGAUCAAAACAUCCUCAAAAGAAUAACAAGCCAGCGUCAACACUUGAUGAUGUUUUGCUACGAUUGGACUUUCGCGAUCGCGACUCCGAAGUCAUAGACUUGAGCCCUGAGGGCGGUGUAGUCUCUACAUUGACCGAGGCCGCCCGUGGACUUGACAUUCCCAGUGUUGACCACGUAAUCCACUACCAAAUUCCUCGCUCAGCAGACGUGUAUGUCCACCGAAAUGGGCGAACAGCCCGAGCUAUGAAAAAGGGUUUCAGUAUGCUGAUGUAUGCACCGGACGAACGCAAAGUUGUUAGGGCGAUAUUAGGGAAUCUUCGUCGACGCAGCGACCUCGGUAAAGCGAAGAGGAAGAAGCGGGACCCAAAGGCGGAGGACUCCAAAGGGCUUGCUAAAGAUGUCAGCGAGGUAGAGUGGAUGGGUAUUGAUAUUGAUCAUGCUAUGAGUACAUAA